AUGGCCACGAAUGGUCCUUCACGGUUCUCCCCGGCGGAACGGCCCGUAAUUUUAGCAGCGCUCGAGGAGUUCACGAACGCGUUGGCCAUUUACCACAGCACGCUGAGAAAGCAGACCGCGAGACGCGGUAUUCUUUUCGACUGUUCGCCCCUCGGUGGCUUGAAUCCGGAAAUGGGAAUUAUGGAGAUCGACGAUGUUAAAGAACGAGCCGUCCCGAAGAAAAUUUACGAAAACAGUUCAUGCAUGGAAAGAAUCAUGGAGGAAUUGAAGAUAGAGAUACGAGAGCGGGGAACGUUCGAGUUAUUGAGCGAAGAGAUCGAGAAGAUCGUGAGACGCGAAAAAGGAGAAGAGGCAGUUUUCAAGGAGCGAGAGAAAUUAAGAGAAAGUGCGAAAAAAUUGCAGGGAAUGAUCGAUGAGAGGAAGAUUGUUAACGAGCAGGAGAAAAGACGAAUAUUGAACGAGGUCGCGAAGGAGCAGCGCAACGUGGAAAAAUUAAAAUUAAUCUCGAGCAUGGAGUUGGAGUACGCUACGGAAUGGGAGAAGGCAAGAUACGAGCAGAAUUUGUUGCGUUGCGACAUGGAAGUGGAAAAAUUAAAGAAGGUAUUAGAAGAUCGACGCGUACGUGAAAAAAAUGAACGGCGCGUUCACGCCGAGUUAACAAAAUUUCUGAUCCAGGAAACAGCGUUGCUAGAGAAAAAAAACAAGGAAUGGGAAGAGCGAUAUAUUCGAGAAAAAAAGAUCUACGAAAAGGAGAUCCAACAGUUACGAAGUGUAAAAAUAAUUCAAAAAGAGAUGGAUAAACUUGAAGAAGAGUAUCGAUGUAAUCAAAAGUUCAUAAACACGUAUCUGGCGGAAAAGGAAGCAUUGAAAAAGGAGAAGGAGCGAUGGGAGCACAUGCAAAAAAGUGCAAUCAAGAUUCAAGCUUGGUGGCGAGGCGUUAUGGUGCGCCGGAAGUUGGGACCGUAUCGACUCGCGGAAAAAAAGAAAAAACGACCGACUAAAACAAAGAGAUGACUCUCUUUCCGUUUCACUUAUCCCUUAAUGCCUGUACAGAUAUGAUUCUUCUUAGAACAAUACUUGAACG